AUGGACCAUCAUUGUCCUUGGCUAGCCACUUGUCUCGGUCUGCACAACUACAAGGCUUUCGUGUUGUUCCUGAUAUACGUAUCCCUCUUCUGCUGGGUAUGUUUUGCCAAUUCGGCCUGGUGGAUGUGGAAGGAACUAUUUGAGGAGGGUGGAUAUCUGGAGGAAAUCGCGCCCGUCAACAUCGUUCUUCUGGCGGUGAUCUCUGGCAUCAUAGGUCUGGUGCUGACUGGAUUCACCGGGUGGCACAUAUAUCUCUGCGUGAAAGGUCAAACUACAAUUGAGAAGCUGGAAAGGACCCGGUACCUCAGCAGCGUUAGGAGACGUGUGGAACGUAAUCGCCAGGAGCAUCAAUUGAACCAUCACCGACGCAGCUCGGAAGGGGUCGCCGAACGACUGCAACGAGCGGGCGAGCAGAUUCUCGAGUUCCAUGCCAACGCUGUCCCAGGGGCCUCGCGUUUUGAAGAAGGUGAAGAACACACCUCGCCAAUCCCCAGUGCUUUUAACUCCAUCCGUGGUCAACCAUCGUAUCCUCAACACCCAAACAGGUACACCCACGAUCAUCAUAACGGUGGUCAAAACAAUGACACGCCUGCUCUUCGAGCUCUACGAAGAACCUAUUCCAACAUCGAAGCCGAGCGCGAGCGCACCCGGUAUGCAGAAUACCUAGACGACCGAGAAGCCGAAAAACUACCCAACGCCUUUGACUUGGGCUGGCGCCGAAAUUUGAGACACCUUUUUGGCCCGACACCCAUCUUGUGGGGGCUUCCUGUAUGCAACACUACGGGGGACGGCUGGCGGUGGGAGGUCAGCGAGAAAUGGAUGGUUGCGCAGGAAGAAGCUAGCAAGCGAAAAGAACAACGACUGGCAGCCAUGAUGGAUCAGAAUGCUUAUGACUCAGAACAAUCGGACCACACGAGGAUCCGGGGCGGUGCCGGGGGCGGUGCUCCUCCACAAUACCAAUACGCCCAGUACGAAAGGGACCGCGAUCGUGAGUCUGAUCACUAUGACCAGGACGAAGGCUUGUACGGCGACAACGACAGUACACCUCGAAACAAUGCGGGUCGAGGCGUCUAUUCACAGAAUGCAAUGUCCAUGAAACCCCUUCCCAACCACAACUACGAGUCAGGAGCGGAUCGUGGCCGGAGAAGACAGAGAAGAGACUCUGACAGGACGCAACCUGGCGAGCCAGGCCGCAAAGUCCAGGGCAGCAGCAGUAGCAGUAGCGAUGAUAGUGACGACGAUGGCGAUUUGGACCUUGGCUACGAGAAUUACGACAGUGCUGCUGCUGCCAGGAGUCGGGCGCGAGGCAAUCGGGCGAAGGUGGUUUAG